GUGUCAGGCGGGGGCGCGCGGGGCGGUUUAUAGGUCGGUCUGGGCGGCCGGGGAGGCGGACAGCGAGAGAAACAUGAAGCUGUAUUAUACUGACGGCCACUGGCAAGUGUUCCCCGUUCUUAUCACCGCUAAACACAGCGGCCUGGAUAUUGUGCUGGCGCCGGAGCAGAUCCAGAUUUGUCUAUCUGCGUCGGAUGAAGACAGACCCCUGCCUAUUCUAAAGAAACCAAAAUAUGUAGAGGAAGAUGGUCUGACGCUGCACGGCUAUGAAUGCAUUGUAUUUUACAUUGCCCUGGACUGCUUGCAAGGUGUGGGCCUUCGGGAGAAGUCCUUAAUUCAGCUGUGGCUGCGUUUUGUUGAGAAAGAGAUUGUUCCUCUCCUGUAUGUCUGGGUUUAUCCAAUCAUUGGGCUGCUUCCAUAUUAUGAGCAGGCCACAGAGCGGGCGAAGUUGACUUUUAAGAAAGUGAUGUCUGUGCUUGAAACCCACCUCCGUACCCGCACAUAUAUGAUUGGCGAGAGGCUUUCCAUUGCAGAUGUCGUCAUUGUAUCUGCGCUAGUGUUGCCGUAUAUGCUGGUUUUUGAUCCAAUUUUCCGUAAGCCGUACAUCAGUGUUAACCGGUGGUUUACAACAUGCGUCAACAACGCAGCGUUUGUCGAAGCGCUUGGAAAUGUGGCUCUUUGUGAAGAGACCCGUCACUAUGAAGAGGGAAAACCACUUAAGAUAUCUCUACCGUUGCAUACAAGGAUAAAGUCUGAGAAAGAAUGUUAUGUAGUCAAACGAUUGCUUUCUGCUAAUCCACCGCAGAGGAUGCUAAAUAAAAUGGUGAUACCUUGGAUUCAGUGUUCAUGUACCCAGAGGUCGUGUUGUCAUUUGUUUUUCUAGUAAUGAAGGAUGGAUCGUGCUGGCUUUCACGAAUGACUGAGCUUGGCAAGAAAGAAGGAAAACAAACUGAAGUGGGAAUUUGAUAUUUUGGAUGAAAUGCACUUUAACUUUCACGGACUUGAAGCAGUGAAUUUAUGUUCCUGUCUAAGUAAAUGCAGUUUUUUUUUCUCUGUGAUAUUUAUUUAAUGUGCUGCUGCGGUUUGUUACCAAUUGUGUUGUAACUCCAGAACCGUUAUCUGGCCCACAAAUCUCAGGAUUGCUGUUCAAGCUUUACUCCAUUCACUCUGGGAGCUCUGUACGUUAUUGCACUAAUUAGGUGUUUAACCUGUUGCACUAUGCAUGUGGUUUAGAAAAUCCCUACCUCAAACAUGUGAUCAAACCGUAAUUUAUUUACACAUGUAAUAAUAAAAUACAA